UGAACCGCUGAAAUGGAACCAGGAUGUCACUUGUCGCCAACCGCUACCCAUUCAUGUUGCAACCUCUUUCAUCUCACCAAUCCCGCACUCCAAGACUCACCAUGGCGCCAAUCCGCCGCUACCUCCGGAUCACCAAGUACUCGGUGCUGGAAUGCCGCAUCUACCUGGACAACCCCGCGCUGGCGCAGUCGUGGCUGCUCAACCCGCGGGACCCCGUGCUGCCCAGGGUCAUCGAGAGCGUGCGGCCGCUGGUGCUGCCCAAGCUGCGCGAGGAGAAGGAGCGCGAGCGGAGCAGGAAGAAGGGCAAGAAGCGUAGCAUCAAGGACGUCGUCGUCGAAGAUGACUUCGAGGUGUCGAUCUUCCUGACCGAGACCGACACGCGCCACUCGCUGCUGCACAAGCAGAAGCUGUUCCGCGACAAGGUGCAGACGCGCCUGACCUCCAACUCGUCCCGGCUGCUGGGCGCCGCGGGCACGGGCGCGUCGCGAGACGAGCCCAUCGACGUGGACCGCCAGUUUCCGCAGGGUGGCGGCGGCGGCAGCGGCGCCUCCGUAGCGGCAGCAGCUGCUGCUGCAGAGGAUGAGAGGGACGACGGGGAGGGCGCGCCGGUGCUCCUCCGUGAGGAGGAGGACGACGCCAUCAACUUGGCCGACCUCCCUGCGGUAGGCGAGAUGGCUGGCGGCGGGGAGUUAGCCGACGGGAAGCGGCCAAAGAGGAGGCGACGGCGAGGGCAAGGGCCGGAGGAUGCGAGCGAGGAGAGUGGCGCGAAUGUGAUUGAGACCGAUUCGUCAGGCGACGACGGGCUGUUUGUGGACGAGGACGAGGAUGAGGAUGACGACGGUGUGAGGAGCGAUAAAGAGGGCGACGAUGCAGCCAGUGGCCGCCGCCCGGCCAAGCGGCGGCGGAGGGGGGACGCGGCCGCUGGCGGUGACACGGCAGGGCGGGGCGACGGCGACGACAAGAAGAAGAUGGCCAUGGAUAUCUCGUACGAGGGCUUUGCCAUCUACGGGCGCGUGCUGUGCCUCGUGGUCAAGCGGCGCGGCGGCGGGCCAGCCGGUCCGUCCGGCAGCAACAAACCCCAACCUGGGAGGCCUGGCGGCCAGGCCAUGAUGGAGAACUGGAUUGCAUCCACGCAGCUCCCCGCGGAGGCGGCUGCUGGGGAGGCGGAGGGGCCCUGAAGCGGGCCGCAACCACUCAGCUACCGGCUGGUGUUUGAGGGGCGGCCGCCGCCGCUGGUCCCACGGGCAAGCGGGGGAUGUGCCGGGGAUUGGCGCCGCCCCGAUGGUUUCAUCUACAGCCAAACCUGCUGUCACGCCACAGCAGAGCAGGGAAACGUCGCGCCGCUUUGGAUCGGUAAACUUGCGCGGGCACCGACAAACGCGGAAGUACCCCGCAAUACUUGUUUCACUUCUCCGGUUGCAAGUGCCUGAUUGUGUGGAGGCGACGUUGUGAUCGCCUACCCAGCUGCACCAAUUGCUCCAGGUUGGAUGGAUUGAACUGAGACUGGUAAAACUCGGAUUGCCGUUCUCGUCGAGGUGGCGGCG